CGCUUGAGGAGAGGCGUGGCGAUGACGACGACAAUCCCCCGCAUGGCCCGGGAGCUGAGCUCUGACGCUUGCAACGCGGGCCUAUGAAGAUGAGUUUUAUUGGCGAUCUCGUGCGUCGACACAAUGGUGCCCUUCGCCCCAUUGUUCCUCCACGAGCUGCGGCGGCGCCGCUUGUCCAUGUCUCCGAGGACUCCAUAAGUGAUGGGCCGAGCGAGGAGCAACACCCGUCACUUGGCAACGUAGCACAAAAGACAAUUUCGGUUCAUGAUGGAGCAGUGGACGAGAAGCCUGCAGUACGUGGCGCAGGGGAGGAGACAGGUCUGACAAUCCACACUGUAGACGGAGGCACUCUCCCACUUUCACGCAGUCCGUUGCUCUGUGGUGGCGUGGGCGAGCCCGACGUCGAGAUGAAGGUGAUGGAGGCGAUGUCAUUUGGAUGUGGAACUACGACGAUGACAGACGCAGAUCCGCAAGCCGCGCAGGCGAGUGGACCUCCAGCCACAGAUGUCACAGGGCCCGUUCAGGGACCGUCCGGACGUACGUCCACCGACGUGGUUUCCCACAAAGUCAUUCUCCGUUUGGAAGAUGGCGAGAUCACCCCAGUGACGACACGCACAAGAAACGAGGAUGUUUGCCCCACCGGGAGUCGUCGUCGGACUGGCGACCUGCUCUCCAUAGGCUCCGCGCUCGACAACAUCCCCGACAUCCGCACGCUUAUAUCGCAGACACUGCCGCACGUGCAGCCCCCUCCCCUCGACGGUGGGACCACCCGUGAUACAGGAGGAGGGGAUAUCGGCCUCACGUGCCCCCCCCAGAGUCUUCCUCGCACAUGCAACAUGCUCGCCAUGGAUUCGGUGCUAGACGACAUCCAUGACGGAGGAGAGAGAGGGGAUGACGAGUUUGGUGGAAACACAUUGAUUUCACCACUGUUGCUACGCAUACCUCCUCCUUACCUUGAUGGUGGGCCCACCCGCGACGCAGGAGACAGAGGGUUUGACGAGUUCAACAGAGACACGAUACUUCCUCCAAUACACUCCAUGACCCCAACCGUAUUUCGGAAUGUCGUCCAGGUAUAUGAGAAUGUAUUCUUCAAGGAUAUCCCUGAAGAUGUCGUUCAUCACCGUUCAGAAGGUGGCGGGUGCAUUGGUGAGGCCGAAUGGCAUCACCGUGAACUCAUAGUGACCGAAGCGCGACCGAAAGGUGGUCUUCGGCUGGUCCUCUGUGCCUACGUGGAUCUGGUGGUAACCGCUACGAAGAUCGAUCUUCGUGAAAAAGAGGUUGUCUGCCAGACAGUCAAACAACUCAUCCGCUCGAGGCAUGAGAUAGAUGUUCUUAACGAUGUAACGGUUAGGACCGUGACAGUCAAUGCAGAGGCGAAGGGUUCCGUCCGCUUUGCGAGCAAAGAGGACGGGUCCACCCCAAGGGGAGUUGUUCGUUUUGAGAAUGAGUAUCUCGGUCGCCCAUUCGGCCUCUGUGCCACGGAACCGACGAGACCACGGAGUGCUAAGGAUAAAGUUGUACCCAGUCUCCAGCACGUCGAAGUAUGCGGAGGAAUGGUAGCGCCGAGGCGCCUGGGUACUAUUCGAUGGUUGGAGGGUGAGGGAGAAGUGGAGAUCAGGGACCGUCUGAUCAAAGAGGCGUUGCGUCUUGUUAUCCCCGAGGGUAACGGAGAUAGGAGAGCGGGACCUAGAGACUUUGUUAUGCUGGCUUAUCGAAAGCCUCUUUACGGAGAUCGUUUUCUUGAGGUUUCCUACAUUUACUCUGGUGUGAGAGGGCGUAUUGAGAUAUUGAUUGGAGCUUCAGGUGAUAUCAUUCUUGCGGAGGAGCUUUAUCUCAGAAGUGUCGCAGACGAGGAGAUGGCAAAAUGCAUAGCCUAUAUCUGCAAGAUCGAUCCAGCAACGCCUAUCGAGAUCAGCUAUGUGGUUUCGGAGUCUGUAGCGACGCAGGUUCUCAAUGACGAGGUGCCAGAUAUGAAGUCCCAGACGACAGCACUUUCUCACGAGGGGGUACCGCUUAUUAUCAUUGAUCGAGGAGGUGGAGGGAACAGAACGAUGGUGGGGAUGCAAGGGUUGGUGGAUACGGCGGUAGAGGUGGUAGGAGUGGAGGAGGUCGGCGGGGGGGUGUUGCAAGAGGCGGCUGUGGAGGUUGGAGUGGUUUGCACUGUGGAGGUUGGAGUAGUUUGCGUGGUGGUGACGACCGUGAUGGGGGGGGUGGUCCCUUCGAGCGUGGUGACUCGGUCGCGUAAGGAUGACACGUCGACCUUUAUGUCGUCGAGAGAGGCGGUGACGGAGUUAAGUGCGUGGAGGAUAGCAGAGAGGUCGGGGGUGGCGGUGUUUGCUGGUGGUUGUUCGCCGGUGAGGUUGCGGGCGAUGCUAUCGACUGAGUCGGCGCGGAGAGAGCCCAUGUUGAUGCUGGAAGCACCGUCGGCCAUUGGGGUGGACGAAUGUGAGGCGGCGGGGGAAGACGGGGAGGAGGAAGUAACAGCAGCAGGGGAGGCGGUAGCAGCAACAGCGGCAAUGGCAGCAGCGGCGUUGGCGGCGGCGCGUUGGGAGUUUCUGGUGCUGCGGGUCAUGCGGAGAGUGGGGGGGGGUAGAAAGGGAGCUUAGGGGUUCGGUAGCAUACAAAUACAAAUUUGUUAGAAUUUUUUUUUUUUUUUUUUUUUAAGAAAUUUUCAGAAAAUAAAAAUAUUUAAAGAUUUUCAAAAUUGCAUUGCAAAAAGAAAAAUUUCAGAAACGAAUAAUUGCCGAAUUAUUUUCGAAUUUAAUUUACAAAAUAGAUGGAUUUAAAUUUAAUUUUUGAAAAUAAUUAAUUCAAUUAAUUUCGUAAUUUUAAACUUUAUUUAGGUAGAAAAGGAUAUUGUCAGAUUUAUUGAAAUUUUGGGAGUAAAAUUUUUCGAAUUAA